GGAGGUAAUCUACAUUGCGAAACUUGUUUAGAACCAAGAGUUAUCUUACAUGCGGAAGCUCUCCUUUGCGAAACCACGAAAAGUGUAAUGAAUACUGAAUCCCACAAUUCCAAGGUUGAUAGAAAACAGACAAAACUGAAAAAAACUGAAGACCAGGAAAUAGGGGUAUUUGUACACGAAGUGACGUCAUAAAUGUAAAUAAAUACUGAUCCGUUUGUGACAUAAUUUAGGAAACUUCAACAUAUAUGCGUAGUUAUUAAAAUAUACGAAAAUGGAUAGCGAAGAUGAAAUGAACUAUGAUGAGGAAGAGGAGGAUUCACAAGAGGAGGACAGUAAUGAUGAGGACUUUGUUGACAUAGCUAUGGAGCCAGAACCCUCCACAGCAUCUGAUUCUCGCGAGACAGAAGACUUUCAGUAUGAAGUUUUAACAGCUGACAAAAUUGUCCAUGUCAUGGUCGAGUGCAUUAAAGAAGUGAAUGCGGUUGUUCAGAUUCCAGCAACUAUAACAAGAAUCCUUUUGAACCAUUUUAGAUGGGAUAAAGAAAAAUUAAUGGAGAGGUACUAUGAUGGUGAUCAAGACAGUUUGUUUUCGGAAGCUCACGUUGUUAGUCCAUAUCGAAAAGAUCCUAGACAAAAGAGAUCUACUCGAGGUUCUACCAGUGCAUCAACAAGUGAAAGCAUGUGUGAAAUAUGCUGCCUAGUAAUUCCACACACAGACAUGGCAGGCUUAGAGUGUGGUCACAAGUUCUGCUUUCAAUGCUGGACAGAUUAUCUUACCUCAAAAAUCAUAAAUGAAGGCAUGGGUCAGACUAUAUCCUGCGCUGCAUACGGUUGUGAUAUACUAGUAGACGAUGUCACUGUCAUGGACUUAAUAAAAGAUGCAAAAGUGCGAUUAAAGUACCAGCACCUUAUAACAAAUAGUUUUGUUGAAUGCAAUCGUCUAUUACGUUGGUGUCCUGCCCCAGACUGUGGUCAUGUAAUCAAAGUCAAACAUUACGAUGUAAAACCGGUUCGCUGUACCUGUGGACAUACAUUCUGCUUUGCCUGUGGUGAAAACUGGCACGACCCUGUGAAAUGUAUUUGGCUGAAACGGUGGAUCAAGAAAUGUGAUGACGAUAGUGAAACUUCCAAUUGGAUAGCUGCAAAUACUAAAGAGUGCCCCAAGUGUCAUGUGAUCAUAGAGAAGGACGGUGGCUGCAACCACAUGGUGUGCAAGAAUCAAAACUGCAAGGCAGACUUCUGCUGGGUGUGCCUCGGGCCCUGGGAACCUCAUGGCUCAUCCUGGUACAACUGCAACAAGUUUGACGAAGAUGAAGCCAAGAAAGCUAGGGACAGUCAAGAGAAAUCUCGCUGCCAGCUCCAGAGAUAUCUCUUCUACUGCAACCGCUACAUGAACCAUAUGCAGAGUUUGAAGUUUGAAAACAAACUGUACCAAGCAGUGAAGUUGAAGAUGGAGGAGAUGCAGCAGCACUCUAUGUCCUGGAUCGAGGUGCAGUUCCUCAAGGUUGCUGUGGACGUGCUGUGCAGCUGCAGGCAGACUCUGAUGUACACCUAUGUGUUUGCCUUCUAUCUCAGCAAGAACAAUCAGUCCAUCAUCUUUGAGGAUAACCAGAAGGAUCUUGAGCAUGCCACAGAGCAGCUGUCCGAGUACCUGGAGAGGGACAUCACGUCCGAGCUUCUUGUGGACAUCAAGCAGAAGGUUCAGGACAAAUACAGGUACUGUGAGAGCCGCCGCAAGGUACUGCUGGACCACGUACACGAAGGCUACGAGAGGGAUACCUGGGACUACCAGGACGGCUUGUGAUACCAGUGGUCUCCCUAGAAACACAACAACAACUCAACAAUCUUCAUCCAGCUCUCUUUCUUUUCUGCUUCAAUGUUACUGUGUUUUAUUGAAUUUUUUUUUUCCAUGCAUGUUUAGGGCAAACUUUUUUAUGUAAAAUGAAAGCUCUCGCUUGUUGAAAUAUAUACCAUUUUCUUUUUUUAUUUUCUGAAGGUUCUGUAUUUAAGUUGAAUUUUUUCAUGCAUAUUUAUGUGUGGUAAGUGAUUUAUAAGAAAUAAAUACUCUGGCUCUUUCAAAAUUCUUCAUUUUUCUUUGUUUUCUGGUUUCUUGUCAGAGAUGUAGACUUAUUGCUUUUGAAUGGCAGAACUGCUCUGAAAGAACAAGCAAAAUGUUGUAUGUUGGAUGAAUAAGCAUGAAUAUUCCAAAUGAGGAUAAGUGUUCAUUACUUGCAGGAAGUUUCAAUACAAUGUUUGUUUUACUUUUUAAGCUUAUUGCAUGGUCCUUUUCCUUUUAUUUGCUUUAAUACCUAGUAUGCACCCUUCUAAUUAAGUCUUGUUAUUGUUUUUCCGUUCAAAAGAUGAUACGUGUCCAUUGCAAAUGUGAUGAAAAAUGUUCAUUUCAUAAUAGUAUCCACCAAACAUGUCAAGUCAUUUCUCAAAAAAUUAGGAAGUUGAAUAUCUUUAAUUUGAUAUCUUUAAGCACAUGUUAAUAUGUUCAUUAUAUUAGGCAAGUAACAAGUAACAUUUUAAUAUGAUGUCAGGCAAAUAACAUUUACAAUGAUGUCAUUUAAAAGUUAUUUUUUGUUCAGCAUUAUAUAUGUAGAGAAUUUUUAAGAGCAAUCUGAUUUGUGAUGAAGGUGCAAUGAUCUUUGUAUGACUUCUAAAUACUUCACAUAUAUAUAUAUAUAUAUAUAUAUAUAUAUAUAUAAUGCAUUGGAUACUCUGGGCUCUUUGAUUCCACUCUUACCUGCAUUGUACAAAUUUAUGGUAGUAAAAUGGAAUGUAAUUGGAUAUUUGGAAUACAAAUAUUUAUCACAUGCUAUACCCUGUUUCCCAUGUAAUACAACCAUUACAUAUUUUUUUAUAUUACACAUGUGUAAUACAAAAUUUUUAAGCGUUUUUAUUGGCUUAGUUUUCGUUUAUUGACCAAUCUAUAUUUUGUUAUUUUGCUGAAAUGACGUUGCAACGUCAAACGACGUAACAAAAUGUAAACAACAUUCGGGAUUUAUCAUAAUGUUUGCGUAAAUAUUUAUUUAAUUUGCUCAUUUAAAAGCAUGUGAUAAAAAAGAUCUGACACUCAUUGUCAUAUACCAUAUUUUAUUUAAAAAGGCUCGCUUACUAACAUUAUUCCUGAACUCGUUUAAUAAAGUAUGAUAUGAUAUGACAACUCAUGCCAGAUCCUAUAUAUAUCAGAAAAAACAAGUCUUGGCACAUUUGGGACAACACUUUAUGCACAUGCAUUAAGCCCAGUUUUCUAAUAGCACAGCUGGUCAUGGAGGUGUUUGUGACAAUAUGUUAAACUGGUAGAUUGCAUUUAAUGGCAGAAUGUCUGGAUGUUUGCCAUUUGAAUUAAGUAACAAAUUAAGGAUAGCUGUCACUGCCUAGCAUGUAUUCUGAGUUACUGCUUUAUAGUUUUUUAAUGUUACAAUUAUGUUUGUUUUUAAGGCUUUGUGAAUAUCCAUCAAUUUAUUUAAGUGUCCACCUUAAUUGUGUAACACUGUAUGUAAUAACCAUGUAAUUUUGAUGUUCAUUUGUUUGUUUUUCUAGCAAUAAAGCAUGUUUUAAUACCUGUGAUAAAAUUGUCACAUUGCAAAUUAUAAAUGAGUCGGUCUAUGGGAAAACAGGGCCUAAAGCAUAAGCAUUAAUUAUCCUCCCAGAUUACCUUAUGCAGUCAGCACAUGCUAAUCAGGGACGACACUUUCAUCUUUUAUGACAUUGUUUGUGUAAAGGAACUGCUUAUUUAGAAAAUCCAGUCUAGAGGGAAAGUAUAAUCCCAGAUUAGCCUGUGCAGACAAUAUUUGCAUAUGCACUAAGCCCCCUUUUUACAUAGAGACUGGCUCACUGUGUGCAGAUUCUUUGCAUGUUACUACUCUUAAUGCUUUAGUUGAUGUGUAUAUGGUUAUUUAACCCUUUCCCACUCAGAAGCAAAGUGAAAAUGGCAAUGUGCAAACAGCAUAAAACCAGAAUAGCCUGCAAGUAACCUGCAGUCUGUUCAGGUUUUGUGCUGUUUGCUGCUCAUCAGUACCUAAGGUUUGGAAAUGAAGCCUUCAAAACUAGAAUCUAGAAAGAAAGGUAUUUGAUUAAAUUUAACUUUCUGAGGGACUACAAACACAUAAAAAUACGUAUCUUAGUGGUAAAGUGUUAAGUAUUUAGCAGAUCCAAAGUCCACUGUAACAAGAGAUCUUUGUGAGCUUAUGAAUUAGCUAGUUCAUGAUGGCUUUCAUUAAGUGGAUAAUUAAUAAAUGUUUGUGCUUACAAUUUAUUUUCUAAUGUUUUUAGUGACCUGUUUCAAUUUAACAUGCUUUGUUUCUGAUAUUAGAAAAUGUCAACUUAAAGACACCGGCUCAAGAAAGUUGUAAUAUUACUGGGUAUAAGCAAUGCUUGGUUAUUGGAGAUAUAACUGUAUCAUUUAAUAACAUGUGCAAAAAAAUGCAUUAUAUUAAUUGUACUUGUACAUUUAAUUCAAUUUAAUGAGAAUAAAUUAUUAAUGUAUUUGUUCAGUUGUAAGUACAAUUAAUAACUUUUAAAAUGGCACAAUAUGGAGAAAAUAAGUGAUAAUGAAGAAUGUUGAUUAGGGGCUUGAGAGAUGUGUUGCUCUUUUGGGUUUAUUAAUGAAAUAUCUAGAUUCACUCACAAUUAAGGAUCUGAAACAUUUCCAACUCAAAUGCAAAGUGAAAAUGGCUAUGUGCAAACAGCAUAAAACCAGAACAGCCUUCAGGUUUUUCAGGUUCAGGUUUUAUGCUGUUUGCUGCUCAUCAAUAUCUAAUGGUUGGAAAUGAAGCCUUUAAAACUUGAAUCUAGUAAGAAAGGUAUUUAAUUAAAUUUAACUUUCUAGGGGACUAUAAAUGCCUCAAAAUACGUAUCUAAGUGGUAAAGGGUUAAGCAAAGUAUCACAAAUAUUUCAAAAAAUAAAUGUAGGUUGAACAGAUUUUUGCAUGCUUUGUGUUGACCAAUUCAGAAGGGGAGCUGAUUUGGGGCUGCAAAAAGGAGCAGGGCCCACGCACUGCUUUUGUUCUAAAUCUUUUCCUAAUUUAUAAAUAAAACAUUAUCAUUAAUGCAAACAUUAACACAAGGAAGUUUAUUCUAUUUUCUUUUGCUGUUAAACAAAGAACUGGAAAAAAACUACUUUAGUAUACAAUUAAGACUUUUCAAGCUUUUGUUUCAGGAUAUUCAGCAAUAUGUUCUUGGAAAUGAAUAGCGUUUGAAAGAUACAAUUAUUGUAACUAUUAUGGACUUUUCCCCAGAGCCUUACUUUAAGCAUAGGGCUGCCUCUGGAAUUCCAAAUCAGACGUGCCACUAUUCAUGAAUAAUUUUCAAAUCAGGGGUGCCCACCAUGUGCUUAAAUGUACAACCUUUAUCUUAUCUGCUUGUUUUAGGACUGAAGUUAUAAAAAAAUGAAUUAGCGGUGCUCUGUGAAAAAGAGGUUUAAUGCAUGUGCGUAAAGUGUUGUUUCUGCAUUCUGCCCAGGCUCAUCAGGGAUGACACUUUCCGCUUUUAUGGUAUUUAGAUAGAUAGAUAGAUAGAUUUAUUUCGGAGAUAGCAUACAUACACACAAUGCAUUGAAACAACAUGUACAUAAAACAAUAUGAAGUAAACCCAAUCAUAAUUGAUAAGUACGUGCAUAGAAUGCACAUUGGCAUGCACACUAACGCCAAGGAUUACACAAAAAAAGAGCAAUAUGCCUAAUUUCCAUUGUGGUUCUUGAUUGUUGGUGGCACGACAUAGAGUGGCACUAGUAAUAAAUUAAUACUAAAUACUAUGUUAAUCAUAAUAAAUACAUGAAAUAUAAUACUGAGAUUCAGAUUAAUGGACACAAAUGUAUAAAUUAUGAUCGUCAUAUCACAGAUUAAUUUGGAUGGAUUAAAAAAUUAAAGGUUACUCCAACAAACAAAAAUUAAAAAGUCACAUUUAAGUAUGAAUGUAUUAUUAAUCCGAAAUUUGUCGUUUACAGAAAGUCUCUUCUCAGCAAAAAUCCAGUUAAGGCGGUAAGUGUCGUCCCUGAUUAGCCUGUGCAUACUGCACAGGCUAAUCUGGGACACUUAGUGAACAUGCAUUAAACCCCUUUUUCACAGAGCGCUGCUAAAGUAAAAUAAAUUAAGGACACAGGAAAUUAUUUAUUUGCAUGGAAUGAGAUUGCCAAGUGAGGGUCUUUGCCACCAUGAUAUAACAAAGUCCUAGGUAAAGGCCUGUAUCAGAGUGGCUUUAAAAAAGCUUGAUAUUCAACUUUCAUGUCGGAUUCUUGGUGUUUGGAAAGUAGAUGGAUUCAUCAUUGUUCACUUCACUCAGUGAAAUUGCUUGUUAUUUUAUGUCAUGUGAGAUAUGUGUGUAUUAUUAAAUUGCAUUCUUUUGUAUCCACAAAUGUUUUAAGUGUGCAGGUUUAGGUAUUGUCUACCUUUUUGAUAGGUACAGUACAUGGAUAUACUAUAAUGUGUAAACAUGUAUUAUGAAUGAUGUAUGAUAGAAUACCUUGUUCUCAAAAUGUGGUCUUUAUAAAUAAAUGCAACAUGUGAAGCUUAUUGAAAUAAAGAUGUUUUAAUUUA